CACAAAUCAGCUGACUGUAAAGAUAAAAGCAAAGGUCGGAAAUGCUUUAAAUGUAACAAAUUCGGACACAUUUCUACAGAAUGCAAAGGAAAAAAUACAAAAGAAAAUGCUGGUACUUCUGUAAAUAAUGUGUUAAUACAACUGAAACGAAUGAGAAUAAUGGUGAACAUAAAUAAUAAAGAUGUCGAAGCUCUCGUCGAUACAGGAUCACAACCGAAUUUACUCAGGGAAGAUGUUUAUCAGGAUUUAGGGGAACCAGAACUCAAGAAGACUGAUCUUCGACUGCACGGUUUCGGACAAAGCUGUAUUUUACCAAGAGGAUACUUCACUGCUUAUCUUAGAAUUGACGGAGAUAACUUUGAAACCAAUUUCUAUGUAGUGUCACAGGAU